UCAAUAUCAACCAAUCCCUCAUGGCUAAUGCGGUUCACCUAGCCGAGCUCUCUAGAGUCUUCCGUGCCUCCACAAGCACCAACAUGGACUCUGCUCAUCAGCAGCUAAUGAACUACACCCACAUGCCUGUCUCAGGGCUCAGUCUCAACCUUGGUGGUGCACUGGUCCAGCCGCCUCCUGUUGUGUCACUCGAGGAUGUUGCCGCGGUUAGUGCUUCGUUCAAUGGGGAAAACGGGUUUGGAAAUGUGGAGAUGAGCCAGUGCAUGGACUUGGAUGGAUACUGGCCAUCUUAUUGAUUGGUAAUUGUCAGUUUAUGUUAUGGUUUUUAUAUUGUUUGCAGGAGGAAGAAAAUUCCAUUUACUUG